ACCUUGUCCGCUUCGCAAGGACGCAUCCUUCCAUUUUUGAAAUAGCGUGAAUGCGGGAAACUCUAUCCAGAGACAAUUAAGGAUUACUGUCUGUGACUUGGAUUCUGGACUUGAAAAGAUAAAAUGAAGAGGUGAAAAGCAGAAUUUAUAAUCAGUAUAGAAAAAUAAUUAUAAAGAUGGUUUGUUUAAAAUUACAAAUCAUUUUGUUAAUUCUGUUUCGCGACGCCUUAAUGAUUGAUACCAAUGACACUUCGGGAUAUCGCAAGGAAAGAGUUAAUGGUCACAUAGUAAAGCUUAAUUCAAACAAACAAAAUACAAUUCAUUGUGAUGGAGAGGGAUUUCGACCAGAUCAAGAAGACUGUACAAUUUACUACCGUUGCGUAAAAUCGAAUAACGACAAAUAUAACACAUUUCGAUUCCAGUGCCCUGCCGGUACAGUUUUCGAUACAUAUAGAGGAAUUUGCAACUACCCACAAAUAAGCAUAAAGCAUUCUGGGUGCAAAAUUCCAAGUGAAGAACAGCACUAUGAUAAUAAAAUUAUGGAUAAUGAUAGUGAAUUGCCUAAGCCAAUAGUUAACAGAGAUGAUAUAAGUUAUAACAAUCCACUGCCUGAUUAUGAUGAACUAUCAGAUGAUUACCAGAAAGUACCAUAUCAACAUGCAUAUCCAGUUACGCCUUCUACUGUAGGGUACAGCACAGAAAGAUAUACUGAAAGACCAUCGUUUUUGGAUAAAAAUGAAAACGAUGACAAUCGCUGUAGAACAGAUGGAUUUAUGGGUGAUACGAAUAAUUGUAAGAAAUUCUAUAGAUGUGUGAGCAAUUUAAGAGGAGGGUAUAUUAGGUAUGAGUUCAUGUGUAAUGAUGCCACGAUAUGGGAUGAUAACACGCAAGGGUGUAAUCAUGCAUGGAUGGCCCGAAAUUCUAAGUGUAGAAAGGACGACACCUAUGCUGAUAUAAAUGACAUUAAUAUGGACUUUGGAAAUAAAAAUAACGCUGAUAAAAACUUGGAUCAAAAACAGGAUAACGAAGAUUUUCCGAAUAAUUACAAUCAGCCACACAUUGAACCCCUUCAGACAACCACCCAGAAGCCGAUAAAAAUAGAUUCAACUACUCGUACGGAAAAACCAUACAAUAAACCUACAUUAAGUUCAGUUCAAAUCCACAAAUUUGGUGACAAAAUAAUAGGAUAUGGUGAUUCAGUAUCGAAUUCGAUUACCACAGAUAGUUUACAAGAGCCAUAUUCUGAUAAAUAUCAUAGUGAAAUGUGUUCUCGAAAUGGUUUCUUUGGUUACCCUGAAAACUGUAAGAAGUUUUAUAGAUGUAUUGAAAGUUCAAAUGGAAAAUAUGUACGAUACGACUUUUCAUGUAGUGAUGGAACUGUGUGGGAUGAUCAUUUAAAAACAUGUAAUUUUGCUUGGGCGGUAAAGGAAUGUGGUUCCUUUGUUCCUCUCAGAGAUGAAACGAAAGACGUUACAACAACAAAAGUAAAUGUACUAUCGUCAACAGUACACACAAGCAGUUCUAGGCCUCCCAUAGAUGAAUUCUUCGGACAAACUACUGCCAACAAUCAACAAAUUAUUACACCUUCAACCUUAAGUGAUAUUGGAGCUUCUGUGACAUACGAUUCGUACCAAGAGGAAUGUAACUCUAAUGGAUUCUAUGGUGAUAAAAAUAAUUGCCAAAAUUUUUAUAGAUGUAUUGAAACUAGACGAGGUGUUUUUACAAAGUUAGCAUAUAAAUGUGGCGAAGGUACGUUAUGGGAUCCUAGCAUUGAAGGAUGUAAUCACGCAUGGGCUGUUAAAAACUGCACUGUUUCCGUAGUAAAUAGCCAAACGAUAGCUGACACACCAGUUAUAACUACUGUUUCUCUUAUACAAACCACCACACAAGCAAAUGAAAUAUUGGAACAUACAUUUGAUUCCCUAUACAGCCAAGGAUCCAAUCAAUUUACAGUUUCCACACCAAAAAAUAUAAACAAUUUUGAAAACAAUGUUACGCAUAAUAAAUGUACUAGCUCUGGUUUUAUAGGCGAUGCUAAUGACUGUCAAAAGUUUUACAGAUGUGUAGAUAGUGGCAGUGGGAAGUUCACUCUAUAUGAGUUUACAUGUGGUGAAAACACUGUCUGGGAUUCUAGUAUUGAGUCAUGCAAUCACGCAUGGGCUGUUAAGAAAUGUGGAGGAGUUGAAACCGUUCAGUCGCAACCGGCUACACAUGGAAACGCUCCUGACAGUUCAUAUAGCAUAUCCACAACGAGAACUUCUGAAGUUGAUGAAGAAAAUAAACCAUACAAACCUACACCACAAACUGAAACAGGCCAACAACCACAACUAUCAACGACUACUACAACAACUAAAAUACCACUAACAAGUGAUCAAAAUGAAGAAAUUAAUACAUCAAGUUCCAAUAAAUGUACGGAGGAAGGUUAUUUCGGAAAUAUGGACGAUUGUAAGAAAUUCUACAGAUGUGUUGAUAAUGGAAAGGCUGGCCUUCAAAUGUACGAAUAUUCUUGUGGAGAAGGCACUAUUUGGGACCAGAGACUUAAAGCAUGUAAUCAUCCACAUGAUGUUGAACAUCCGUCUUGUUCAACAUCAAGUCAAACUCUAUCAAACAAUGAUGCUUCAAUUACUUCAGAAUUACCAACCAGUAAAGUAAGUUCAACCUCAACUGUUUUACCUGCAACAACAAUCGAAAAUACAUAUAGUAAUAUAAUCGAGCCAUCCACAACUGCUAAGCCAUAUCAGCAAAGUACAAGUUCAAGUGUCACUAUAAAUCCAGUUGAUGAAAAUACAUGUUCAAAAGAAGGAUAUUUUGGGAACUCCAAAGAUUGCGGAAAAUUCUAUAGAUGCGUUGAUAAUGGUAAAAAUAGUUUCACAAAAUAUGAUUUUACUUGUGGAGAAGGAACUAUUUGGGAUCAAGAUAUAAUAGCUUGUAAUCAUCCGCAAGACGUCGAACAUCCUUCAUGUUCAUCAAAUGUCUCAUCAACUGAGUCCACAACCACUGAAAAACAUACUGAAGUUCCCUCAUCAACAACAGCAAAAAUCUCAACAAGAAGUUCUACAAUUUCAACCACACUAACCACAACAACAACAUCUUCACCAACCAGUACAUCGACAACGCCAAAAACAUUGACUUCGACAACGACAAGCGCAACUCCUUCAAGUGACACUAUAAAUUCAUUUGAUGAAAAUACAUGUUCAGAAGAAGGAUAUUUUGGGAACACCAAAGAUUGCGGAAAAUUCUAUAGAUGCGUUGAUAAUGGUAAAAAUAGUUUCACAAAAUAUGAUUUUACUUGUGGAGAAGGAACUAUUUGGGAUCAAGAUAUAUUAGCUUGUAAUCAUCCGCAAGACGUCGAACAUCCUUCAUGUUCAUCAAAUAUCACACCAGCUGAGUCUACAACCACUGAGAAACAAACUGAUGUUCCCUCAUCAACAACAGCAAACAUUUCAACAAGUAGUUCUACAAUUUCAAACAUACAAACCACAACAACAACAUCUUCACCAACCAGCACAUCGACAACGCCAAAAACAUUGACUUCGACAACGACGAGCGCAACUCCUUCAAAUGACACUUCAUUUGAUGAAAAUACAUGUUCAGAAGAAGGAUAUUUUGGGAACACCAAAGAUUGCGGAAAAUUCUAUAGAUGUGUUGAUAAUGGUAAAAAUAGUUUCACAAAAUAUGACUUUACUUGUGGAGAAGGAACUAUUUGGGAUCAAGAUAUAAUAGCUUGUAAUCAUCCGCAAGACGUCGAACAUCCUUCAUGUUCAUCAAAUGUCUCAUCAACUGAGUCCACAACCACUGAAAAACAUACUGAAGUUCCCUCAUCAACAACAGCAAAAAUCUCAACAAGUAGUUCUACAAUUUCAACCACACUAACCACAACAACAACAUCUUCACCAACCAGCACAUCGACAACGCCAAAAACAACAACGACGAGCUCAACUCCUUCAAGCACCAUAACUACAGAAAGUUCUACAGUGGCAAAUAAUGAAAACCAAACUUCAAUGGAAGGACAAGAAAAAGGAAACUUUACAUGUACCAAAGCUGGAUUUUACCCUAAUCCCAAUGACUGUAAAAAGUUUUACAGAUGUGUUGACUGGUAUAAUAAUGGUACAAGCUUCUCUAUCUUUCAUUUUGAUUGUGGUGAAGGUACUAUAUGGGACCCGUCUUUAGACACAUGUAACUAUGAAGAUUCUGUGUAUCCCCCUCGAAAUUGCAAUGGUUCUUCCAUUCAAACACAAAAUAAUACCGAAAGUACAACGUCUGCAAGUAGUUCAACAGAUACGACUACUACGAAAGCAACCACAGCAAUGACGACCGGUGAACCCUCAACCACAGAAGAAAGUAGCUCUACUUCAACUACAGAACAAAGUAGCUCUACAUCAACAACAGAACAAAGCAGUUCUACUUCAACUACAGAACAAAGCAGCUCUUCUUCAACUACAGAACAAAGCAGCACUUUGUCAACUACGGAACAAAGUAGUUCCACUCAAACAUCGACUACAACAGAGCAACAAACUUCAACAACUGAAAAAAGCACAACGCAAACAGAAGCAUCCUCAACUGAACAAUCAACGACAGCGACCUCAGAAUCAACCACGACUGAUCGUUCAACUACUCCUAUAGAUCAAACUGAUAAAACAACUGCAGAAUCAUCUACUAGUGAAGGUACAACACAAUCCUCGUCUACUGAACAACAAUCUACAUCAAACACAGAUUCCUCAUCAGAACCAACAGACAACGAUAAAACGACAACAGAGGCCACACAGCAAACAACUGAAAGUACCACCAGUUCCCCUACUAAAGACAAGUGUCCUGAAAUGAACGAAGAUCAAUACGCUUAUGUUUGUCCAACAUCAUUCAGAAGACAUCCCAAAUAUUGCAACCUAUUUUAUCAAUGCACCGAAGAUGAUGAUAGCCAUGAUUUGAAAAUAGCACUAUUUCACUGCCCUAACAAUACAAUUUACGAUGAAUCAAAAACGCAGUGCGUAGAUGAAAAUAAAGCUUCAAAGAAAUGCGAUGGGACUUUAGCCCAAACUCACCGCAUCAAGCGAUUCAGUAACGAUUAUAUAGAUCCGAUCAUCGUUGGCACCGAUAGCUAUGCAUGUCCAAAUGUGGGAUACUUUCCCUUCGAGAGAAAUCAAGAAUGUUCACAAGCAAUGUUAAAAUGUCAACGUUCGAGAAACAAUAAUUUAACUGGAUAUGUGUUCCGAUGUCCCGAAGGAUAUACUUUUUGGUCAAAGAGUAAACGAUGUGAACGAAUUUCACGGAUUAAAGAUUGUAAACGGUCGAUCUACCCCUGGGACAAAAGACACGACAUACCAAAAGAGGUUCAUAAUGUUGCAUUGUAUUAAUAUUAAGAAUAAAAAUGAUAUGUGCAAUAAGGACCCUAGUUUAGAACAUUUAUAAAAAUUUGGUAAAUGAAUUGGAAUACCACAUUGGUUAAUGUUACUCAUAAAACAAUUCAAUCUAGUCUUCACUUACAAAUUAAUGAGAAUGUAAUGUUUGCCAUAAUAUAGUUAGUACACGACUUGUGAUCAAGAUAUAGAUGUAACUAAUACCGUUAUUUUGAUCACGAUUCACGCGGGACUCACAAAGUUAAAUGGUAUUUUAGUUAGAUUUAAGAAUAUAAUAAAACUUGAAGCUUU